UCGUUACCGAGAGGGAGAAAAGUAAUACGAAAAAAAAAAAAAAUAGACCGGAGAAAAAUUUUGUGGUGGGGGAAGAGACUAUGUAUACAGUCUGAUAAGGCGGGCAUGCAAAUAUGUUCAUCACAGUUUCCAUUUUUCUGUGUAAAAAAUAUGAAAGGCUCUACGAAACCAAUAAGUCUCAUUCCUAUUUCCUUUUGUUUUCUCUUCUUAUUUCGUGAUGAGUUUGCGGUUCCUGCUAGGCACUUGUGCCAUCCUCAACAAAGGGAAGCAAUUCUGGAGUUGAAGGAGUUCCAGAUUCAGAAGACUUGCUUUGACCGGACGGUGUCAUGGAUGAAUAACAGCGAUUGUUAUUCUUGGGAUGGUAUCAGAUGUGAUGCCACUUUUGGGAAUGUGAUUGAGCUGAACCUUACUGACAACUGCAUCUAUGGCCAGCUCAAUUCCAAGAGUACUAUUUUGGGGUUUCAAAGCCUUCCUUUUUUAACAACUCUCGACCUUUCAAACAAUCAUUUCAUUGGUAACGUUCCAUCUUCGCUUGGAAAUCUUUCUAAGCUUACCACUCUUGAUCUUUCAAAUAAUGCUUUCAGUGGUGAAAUCCCAUCUUCACUUGGAAAUCUUUCGUAUCUCAAUGAUCUUACACUUAGUUAUAACAACUUGGUUGGUGAAAUUCCAUCCUCACUUGAAAACCUUUCUCAUCAUCUCACCGAUCUUAGUAUAGAAGAAAACAAUUUUUCUGGUGAAGUUCCAUCAUUUUUCGGAAAUUUUUCACGUCUGACCUCUCUCGAGCUCUCAGAAAACAGAUUCGUGGGUAAAAUCCCAUCUUCUUUGGGCAGAUUGAAACAUCUCACCAUCUUAUCUGCUUAUGACAACAAGCUCAGUGGUAACUUUCCUGUUACAUUACUAAAUCUAACAAAAUUGUAUGAUCUAUUAGAGCUCGCUGAUAACCAGUUCACAGGCAUGCUUCCACCUAACAUAAGCUCACUUUCCAACUUGGAGUACUUUUAUAUAACUCGCAACGCUUUUAUCGGAACUCUUCCUUCUUCCCUUUUUAGCAUCCCUUCCCUGACUUACGUUUUUUCGGAAGAUAACCAACUAAACGGUACUCUUGAGUUUGGGAAUGUAUCUUUAUUAUCAUCGGAGAUAAAGGUUUUACGUCUUGGCAAUAACGACUUCGUGGGAUCAAUUCCCAGAUCCAUCUCCAAAUUAGUCAACCUUUAUACACUUGACCUUUCGCAUCUCAACACCCAAGGCUCAUCAGUUGACCUUAGCAUUUUCUGGAAUCUCAAGUCACUCGUAAACCUCGACAUCUCCGAUUUGAACACCACCACUACGAUUGACUUGAAUGCUAUCUUACCACAUUUGAAAUCACUAUAUUCACUGAAUCUCACGGGAAACCACGUUACGUAUGAAAAGAGAAGCUCAGUUUCAGAUCAUUCGUUAUUAAGGGAGCUGUACUUGUCAGGAUGCGGAAUCACCGUCGAGUUUCUGGAGCUCCUGCGAACCCAACACAACAUGUUGGUACUAGACGUUUCAAACAACAAAAUCAAAGGUCAAGUCCCUGGAUGGUUAUGGGGUCUAGAGUACCUAGAUCUUUCCAACAACACUUUCGUCAGUUUCGAAAGUCCAACAAAGCUCGAGCAACCAUCUUCUAUGAAUUACUUGUCCGGUGCCAACAACAAUUUCACGGGCGGAAUCCCCAGUUUCAUAUGCGAGCUGCGCUAUCUCACCAUUCUCGAUUUAUCCAACAACAAAUUCAACGGUUCAUUCCCGCCUUGUAUCGGAAAGUUCAGUAGUUCUCUCGAAGCUCUAAAUCUUAGACAAAACCGUCUCAGUGGACGUCUUCCAGAGAUCAUUGUAUCCGAGUCUCUAAAGUCGUUUGACAUCGGUCAUAACAAACUGGUGGGAAAGCUUCCGAGAUCUUUGAUCAAUAGUUCUUCUCUCGAAGUAUUGAAUGUGGAAAGCAACAGAUUCAACGACACGUUUCCAUCCUGGUUGAGUUCUCUCCCCGAGCUACAAGUUCUCGUCCUUCGCUCCAAUGCACUCCACGGACCGAUACAUCAAACUCGGUUUCCUAAACUGCGGAUCAUCGAUAUAUCGUAUAAUCGCUUCAGCGGAGUGUUGCCAGCGGACUUCUUUGUGAAUUGGACAGCAAUGCACUCUAUUGGCAAAGAUGGAGAUCAAUCUUACGGAACGUACAUGGGUACAGCCUAUUACUUGGGUACAACCUAUUAUUCUGAUUCAGUGGUUUUGAUGAACAAAGGCGUAGAGAUGGAGCUGGUACGUAUCUUAUAUAUCUACACCGCGCUAGACUUUUCGGAGAACGAAUUCGAAGGAGUGAUUCCACCGUCCAUCGGUUUGUUGAAAGAGCUUCACGUCCUCAACUUAUCAGGAAAUGCAUUCGCGGGUCACAUCCCAUCAUCUAUGGGGAACCUCUCGUCUCUCGAGUCACUGGACCUUUCCAGAAACAAGCUCACGGGAGAAAUCCCUCAAGAGCUAGGGAACCUCUCGUACCUUGCUUACAUGAACUUCUCUCAUAACCAGCUUGUGGGUCUAGUACCAGGGGGCACCCAGUUUCAAACGCAGCCUUGCAGUUCUUUCAAGGACAACCCGGGACUUUAUGGCCCUUCGCUUGUUCGAGCUUGUGUAGAUAUCCACGGGAAAACAUCACAACAGUCUGAAACGUCAAAGGAAAAGGAAGAAGAAGAUGGCCAAGAGGGGAUGAUAAGUUGGAUAGCAGCUGCAAUUGCUUUCGUACCUGGUAUUGCAUUUGGACUCACGAUGGGAUACAUAGUGGUUUCCUACAAACCAGAGUGGUUUACAAACUCUUCUGGCCGAACCAAACGCAGAAGCAUAACACCACGUGUUGUUAUUGAGGUAAUCUUCUAA